AAGUGUUGACAGCUCCCAGACUCUCAUAUGCAUGAGAGGAGUAUCAUUGAGACGAGAAUUACUUGGCGCUCUUCAUAUGCUUGGCUCUGGUGUCGCAGGGCAGGUGGCUUUUAUUUUGAAAGGGUAGAGUAAACGCAGAAUGCGACACAGGAAGUUCCGCUGCAAUAAAACUGCUGCUGAAGUGUUGCCAUAACAGGCAAGAGGCUAACGCUAAUGUUUGCUAACUAUUUAGCAGACUAGGUGAGUGCGAUUGUUUUUUAAAAAAAAAUAAGUUCAAAUGUGAUGUAUUCUCCGAGCGCUGGAACAACUACAGUACAGAAGCGACAACCAAGUUUGGUGAAUUUAUUUGGGCCUUUGAAGUCAGCAGCUGGCUAAAGAUAGCUCUGUUUGCGUUAGCUUUGGUUAGCCUUUGUAGCUAGCUGUCAUGUCAUUUGUUUAUGUUAGCUGACAUUAUACCCUUACCUUACCAUUUAUUCGUAAAACGCGUGGCAUAUUUGCUGAAAAUGUUUUCAAGGAAUAGAUGUAAAAAUGUACUUUUUUAAUAGUAAAGAAUUGCUGCUUUGGUUAGCCUUGUUACGGUGUCUGCUAGCUAGGUGGACAUUUUCUUCAGUUCACGAUUUUCAGCAAAGCUACCAACGACUUAUUCAUCUAAUGCGACGAUGGUAGCUUCUGAAGUUGAACUUGCUACUCAAACAAAGUCACUCAGUAACAUUGUGUGUAGUUACCAGGUGAUUAAAUGAAGCGUUGGAGCCAGUAAGUGGACGUGGUGUUUGAUAAACAGCAGGCCUCAGAGUACACUGUGUCCCUGCGGCUCAUCUGAUCCAGGCCCUGCUUGUUGUUAGCAGUGUCACGACAGGCCUAACUUUCAUCAAAGCGCUAUUGUGAUGUUUGAUUGAUCCUCUCUCAGGGAAAAUCUUCCUUUUAGCGUUUUAUAGACUCUCAAACAUCGCUCCUCGGAUCUUGUUUUGUCUCAUUUGUCUCACAGUUUCAUGACAAUGAAGUGAUUGUCAUUAUAAACCUUACAGCCAGCUGCUUUGGAAAGCUAAAUAGUAAACUCGGGUCCGACUUUGUUCAACAGGCCCUCCUUCAUAUCGUUGCAGUUUUCUGUUUUGGUUGAUGACAUUACUACAAUCUAAACACUUCAUUCUGAGGAAAAUUUGAGCUUGACCUUUACAUGAAAAAUAAACUUUUCCAGAUGUUUACAAGUCAGUUUUAAAAGUUCUGUUUGUUUGACUUUGUAGCCUCUACAUAUUACUUUGUCAAAAGGAAUAAAUAUCAACAUCCUAAUGUUAAGAACCCAUUUUUGGUUGUUAAUUAAUUUAAUGCAAGAGAUUGAACUAGUGGCUGGAAACAUUGAUCAGAAUGUUAAAAUAUACAAAUAGAGGAGACAUGAAAACUAUGAUCAUUUGACACAAAUAUCACUUUUCGGUUAACUUCAGUUUUACAUUUUUAUUGAUAUCAUUAGACAUUUGUAGGGCUGGGCGUUAAAACGAUAACGAUUUGUAUCAAAAAUCAAUUUUCCUUGAUACAUGGAACAUGGUCAAUAUGCUUUUCGAUAGCCGGCAUUUUGCCAUGUUUUGGUAGACUACACGAAUAGCUGAUGAAAAGGGAAGUUGCUCCGGGUCAGUGCUGCGCUGAACCGACAGUUCAGUCUGCUUUCUCUAGCGCAUCGCCUUACGACAAAAUACCGAAGAGACACAAAGACCUCACAGAUGCAGGAGCUUAUUAUACUGCAAAAGACAUGCUACCAAUAAACACUAUUAAAUUUCAUUUAAGAGUAACAGGGAACAUUUAAGAUUGACAACAGAUUUUUUUAUAUAGUGAUAUAUACCGAUAUCAACUGAUAUGAAAAAAAUAUAUUGUGAUAAGCUUUUUCCCAUAUCGCCCAGCCCUAGACGUUUAUAUACUUCACAUUUAUCAUUGAAGAUGUAAUUGGAAGUGGCUGUAUACUGGAGUGUGCCAUAUUGAUUGGUGAACCUAAUAUUGACUGUGCUCUAUUAACAAGCAUAUGGGGCAAAAACUAUAAUGUACCCCACAAACACCAAUUACAACUGCGAGAACUUGAAUAAGGAACAGUUGUCUCCUAUUUAACAAAAAAAAAGAUAAUGCAGAAGCUUAUAAAAGUUGAACUUGUCGUAGGGCUCUUUGAUUACAUGAAGUUGAGCACAACUUUAAAUUUACCGCCUUUUUUUUUGCUGUUGUUCUGUUUCCCUCCUUUAUAUUUAGGUAUUGUUGUUGUGAGUGUGUGUGAGAGUUCCAGUCUGAACCAUGGAACAGUGUGCAUGUGUUGAGCGGGAGUUGGAGAAAGUGCUCCAUCGCUUUGUGAUGUACGGACACCAGUCUGAAGAGAGGCUAGAUGAGCUCCUGCGCAGUGUGUGUGAGAUUCGUGGACAGCUAGUUGCUUUUGGUAAGAAAAUCUGCACAAAAUUGCAAGUCAAAAAAAAAACAAAACUAUAAAUUUCACUGCAAGUUUCUUUGGUUUCUAUGAGAUAUAACGGAAAGUCUUCUUAGUUCCACUUUAUAGCUGCUGUAUCAUAACUCAUCAGGCACAUGAGGACUGAAACUUCGUAUUUCUUGCAGGAGUACAAGAUGCAGACUUGUCAGUGCUAUCUCAGACUAUGGCACAGUGCUGUAAGAAUAUCAAAGAAACAGUGCAGAUGUUAGCCUCCCGACAUAAGGACAUCCAUGGAAGCGUAUCAAAAGUGGGCAAAGCCAUUGACCGGGUAAGGACAGUCAGCUUUUGUCGAACUGUUUGGAUAUUUACACCACACACUUAAUCUCCAGUAUACUUCUUUUCAGAAUUUUGAUGCAGAGAUCAGUGCUGUGGUGGCAGAGACUGUGUGGGACACCCCAGAGCGACAGAAAUACCUGAGUGAGACCAUAGUGGAGCAUCUGUACAGACAAGGGAUGCUCAGUGUAGCAGAGGAUCUUUGUCAGGUGAGUAACUGAUUUUUGUGGUCUCUUCUCAUUGCUUAAAUGGCUUUACUGAUAAAUUGAUAUAUAGAUUCAUUUGCAUUAAUUGAAUGCAAAUUCAUUUAUCCAACACAGCAGAGCUUUGAAUAUAUUAAUAUUGCUUUUGUUGAGUUAAUAAAUGAUGGCAUGUUAUGUAACCCAAAUGUUUUCCAGGAGUCUGGUGUAGUUAUAGAUAUGAGCAUGAAGCAGCCUUUCCUGGAGCUCAACAGAAUCCUUGAAGCCUUAAGGAUGCAGGACCUCAGGCCAGCAUUAGAGUACGUUCCCUGUUUUUUUUUUCUUUUUAACACUAUCUGUGACUAGACUGUUGUUAUCUUUUUGAAGAGAAUAAGUAUUUCUUUGCACACAUUGGCAGAGACAGAUUUAGAAUUUUUAAAAGUUUAAAACACAUAAUGACGUUUCAUUUCUGUUGGUAUAGAUGAAUGUGUAUGUUUCCAUCUGUUUCCCCUUAGGUGGGCUGUGACAAAUCGACAGCGGCUUUUGGACCUGAACAGCAGUCUAGAAUUCAAGUUGCACCGCCUGUACUUCAUCAGCCUGCUCAGUGGGGGAAUUAGCAACCAAAUGGAGGCCCUGCAAUAUGCCAGGCAUUUUCAGCCCUUCGCCUCUCAGCAUCAGAGAGGUACAUAAUACAUCAAAGUGACAUACCUGACACUGUCACACCAGGGUGCCUUACCUGAGCUGUGUUUCAACUAAACUUUGGAGCUUAGAGGCUCUCUCUUUUGUUUUGCAGAAUUUUUUAUAUCAACCUGUGAAAAAUAGGACUAUUAUUUGGGCAUAUGCAUGAUAACUAAGGCCAAUUUUGCAGCAUCUAACCAACAUUUGUCUCUGUAGAUAUUCAGAUACUGAUGGGCAGCCUUGUGUACCUGCGUCAUGGCAUCGAGAACUCUCCGUACCGCAGUCUGCUGGAGACAAAUCAGUGGGCUGAGAUCUGUAACAUCUUCACCAGGGAUGCCUGCGCUUUACUGGGCCUUUCUGUAGAGUCUCCACUGAGUGUUAGGUCAGAUAAAUACAUUAACUUCACAUUCGACACUUCUUUUUUUUUUUUUUCGUAUUUACUUUCAUACCAGUGGAUUAUAAGAUUAGAAAAUUUAAGCUGUGUUUGUUUCUUUGCAGUUUUGCAUCAGGCUGUAUGGCUUUGCCGGUUUUGAUGAACAUCAAGCAAGUGAUUGAGCAGAGACAGUGUAGUGGAGUCUGGACACACAAAGACGAGCUUCCUGUAAGUCUCUUUUAAAGGUCCAAAGUGCCUCCACUGCUUUUUUUGUGUCUUUUUAGCUAUUUAAUUAACCACUGCUUUGUCUGUGUUUCAAUACAGAUUGAAAUUGACCUCGGAAAGAAGUGCUGGUACCACUCGGUGUUCGCCUGCCCAAUUCUCAGACAGCAGACCUCAGAAAGUAAUCCUCCCAUGAAGCUCAUCUGCGGCCAUGUCAUCUCUAGAGAUGCCCUCAACAAACUGACUAAUGCGGGAAAGUAAGUCAGCAGGACUACAUUAUAUAUAUGUUCCCACAAGCAAAAAAAUAGGGGUAUAAAAAUCAUGCAUCAUAUUUAAGAGCUGUAUUCUCCUUUACAGGAAUAUUUUCAAAUAAUCAAGUAAUGUGAGUUACACUAGCACAGAAAAUCAGCUGCCAAAUUAGCAAUCUCACCAAGACAAGCUGUAAUAUUUCCUGCUAGCCCCCUAAUAUUAUUUCAGGGUAAAGUACAUGUGAGCUCAAAUCUUAGUAGUAGCAGAGGGAGAAGGCAGAGUGUCUCGUGGGGCCGGUGUUUUGUAUAGUUGGGCUGCUUGGUUGAAAGAUGCUGCUUUAGCGUGAAUCAAUAACAAAGGUGGCUGGUUUGUGCUAUUUAUGGAAGUUUUCAGGCCAUAAAUAGAUAAAGAGUUUACUGUAAGACUAAGGCAGAAUGUUUCAGUACACUAGUAUGAAACUUUUACUUGAGGAUUUUCAAGGGUUUAUUUCAGUGUAUCAGUAUCCUGUGAAUGAAUGUCACUCCCAGUGCAGAAUCACUUAAUAUUACAUCACCACUCUCUCCAUUUGCAUGGUCAGAGAUGUAGGAAUGUGCCUUAAUACACUAUUGUUCAAUCCCUGAUUAAGAUUUUAGGAGAAGCUUACCUCCAUAGGUGUAGGUGGUUGUCCUAUAAAAUGAUAGCCUACUUCCAACAAGCUUGACGCAUCCAUGGGUAACAGUAGAGUGACCAAAUUCUGACUUCCUAAAAAGAGGACACGACUUUGCGGGGGCAGAGUCACGGAGUCGCAAAAAGUUAAUUUUAGGAGUUUUUCGGGUCGGAUCGAGUGUCUUUUACGCGCUUCUAACUCAGUAGGUCCACGUGACACAAAAUCGAAACUUGAGUACAAAACUGUGGACAUUUGACAGAAUUUAUAAACUUCCCCAGACAAGCCCUGACAGCCCCCAAAAAAGAGGACAUGUCCGGGUAAAAGAGGACAUAUGGUCACCCGAGGUAACACUAUUCUGUAAAAUAGAAUAAAAGACAGUGAGAUUGCCCCAUCCUCAUACUUCCCCUCUUCAGUAUGUUUGUUCACUGAUCCUGUUGGUGGGAAGGUAAAAUGUGUCUGUUUCUGUGUGCCAACUUAAAAGAAAAAACAAUUACUUUCUUGCACUCAUUGACCGUUUCAAGGAACAAAAAAAAAAAGAUAGUAAGAUUAGGAGUAUUGAGUAUGAAGGGUCUAUAGUUUUAAUCUUGGGUAGGAUAGUAAGGUAUUACAUUGUGAGUACCAUAGCACUGACUUGAUGUCAUGAUCAGCUUCCUAAAACCCUCCCAUGUUCCCAGUCUGAUCAGGAAGACUUCACACUGUGAGGAUGUAUGUGUGAACAGCAGAGUCAGGAUAGUUUCCUAAUGAGAGUCUCUGAAAUUUUCAUAAAACUUAGCAGAGUGCAUGUCUGGAAAGAGCUAAAAUGAUUACUUUGGUAACAAUUUGUUUCUAUAAAUGUUUCAAAACUAAUUGUAUUAAAAGACAUGAACUCUUAUGAAAUUUUAAAGAUUUAAAUUUGAUCAGUACAAACAACUGACACUGACAAAAUAUGAACUGAUUGUAACUUAUAAUGAGGAUACUUCAUGUCUGAGCCUUGGUCAGGUUGUAUAAAGUCUAAAAAUGUAGUUUUUUCUUAUACAUGGAGAAAACUGACAUCUUGAAUUCUAAGGUACACAUUGCUUAUUUUAAAAAACCUGUUCCCUGUCCUCCCUCCCCUCCCCUGUCUCAUCCUCAGGUUGAAAUGUCCGUACUGCCCCAUGGAGCAGAAUCCAUCACAUGCAAAGCAGAUCUUCUUUUGAUACCACACGCUCUCCUCUUGAGUAAGGAUGAAGUCCCCUGGAGUUCUGCUUUUCCAGGACCAUUUGCUCUGGCCCUUUUUCUUCUGUCCCUGGCCUCUCGGCCUGUUAUUGUAAGCAUUAAGGUUUUAUCCCAGUGCUCCUCUGGACAGCCUCGGCCACCCUUUAACCCACCUCGGACCAUCUAACUUUGCGUAGUAUACAGAGUCCAGCAGGGGAAGGUUAAACUACAGCCUGUAGUAGAGUGAGGAGUUUGUCAGUAAUGAGAACCUCCACAUGAAGAAGCACCUCGGAAAAAGGAUCAUUCAUUGAAAGUCAUUUGCAAAUGCCUGCAGAGUUAUAGGCUUAUCCUUUUAAAGUAUGUAAUACUUUAUAGUGUUUGUUUUCUCGGCUUUAGCCUCUGAGUUGGAUGACUGCUUCUUUUUUUCUCUUUUUUAAAUUUUUUUUGCGACAGGAGCAGUUUGGAUGGGUGUGAGUGGGUAUAAAUGGAAUAGAUGAGCAAUUUCUGAUUUCAGGAGGGUAGUUAACUUCUAUUUAAAUGAGUACAACUACAGAGAACAAACUGUGUGGAAGGUUUAAUAUUUGCUGGUACAGGGACAUGUGGAGGUCCAUCUUGAACUGAAGUUGUGACCCCGGUUAAUUCUUCAGUUAGUAAAGGCAACACGUAGCUUAAAAGUCACUGUCAGCGGAUGUUUCCAUUUGAUCAGAGGAACAAUUGACUCAUCUAUGAUGGAACACUUUUUUUUUUUUUUUUUACUUUGGGACUGAGUGCACCAGCAAGAUUUUCCUUAUUGUAGAAGUCAUUUGUCUUGGUCCAUGUAUGUAUUUAACAAUGGCAAAAAGGAAACAAAAAAUAUAUACUACUGUGAAAUGUGCUUUGUUUCUACUUUUAUUGCAACCACCUCAUGUAAAAUAGUAAAUUAAACUAAACAGCAAAAUGCAUUAUCGACACUACUGCGUAACUUUCACAACUAACAACUCGACAGCUCACAACGCUGCUGUGCCAUCGCAUCACUCUGCCCCGUGUUGUGUACCCUGAGCUUGCACGCCAUGUGAUUUGGAGAUGUAAAGUGGUGUGAUGGUAGCCGUCUGGUCUGACUUGCAGUGGCUGUAGGCUUGUGAUUCAGCUUUAGUCUUUGUGGGUGGGGGAGUCCUCUGAUCAUUGUGGCUGUUAUUUAAUAACAAUAUACUUAGAAAAUGCCUCUGCUGCGUAGGUUUUUGCUUUUAUUUGAGAGUGAGUCAGAUAAGAAACAUAAAAAUCCAUACAUUACCUCAGGGCUCAUUGUUACAGAUCACACCACACUCUGCAGUUAGUAUUGAAGGUGUACAUUAUAUAAGGAUCAAAUCUUGAUUUUGAACAAAGAAUACACAUAUUUCACUAUAGAGGCUGAUAGUUUGGGUGUUGCAGGAGUUUGUAUAUAAUUAUUCAUUCGGUGAUGUGUUAGCAUACCUUCUGGGCGAGGGUGUUACGAUGUCCAAGCAUUUGGACGAACAAUACUUAUAGUGCAAGUUCCUGGUGUCCUCUUAAAAAUAGUGAUGUCAGCUCACUCUCCAGUGAGGCUCAUUUGUUCGACAAGCACCGCACCAGCAUAGCUCACACAGCCAAUGCAACAUCACACACAGUUUUUGUUGAGAGUUUAUGAUAAGCAUCAAAUCUUAUAUCUGGAAUAGGUUUAAACACGCUUUGUGUGGACUUUCACCGAGUUUCCUGUUUUCCUUUCUUUCUUCGACAAUCAUUCAUCGCUUCUUUUCAAGAGUGUUCCUUCAGAUAGACCGCUAGUCGCUUCCUACUUCUGUCAUUAAUUUUGUUGAAUGUUUGCAUUUCCUGCUUUUGUGUGUGCAACUUUUAUUGUAAAUAUUUAUCCUCUAACAUGUUUCAUAUACUUGCAUCUGAAAUUAAAAUAAAAAUUUAUACUCCAAGGUGAUAUUGGAGGUGUGUACUGGCA